AUGGUGGAGCUGGAGAAGGAGGUGCUCCCGCUGCCUCCACGGUACCGGUUCCGAGACCUGUUGCUCGGGGACUGGCAGACCGACGACAGGGUGCAGGUAGAGUUCUAUGUGAAUGAAAACACUUUCAAGGAGCGCCUCAAGCUGUUCUUCAUCAAAAACCAAAGAUCCAGUCUGCGGGUGCGAAUGUUUAACUUCUCUCUGAAAGUGCUGAGCUGCCUCCUCUACAUCGUCAGAGUCCUAUUGGACAACCCGCAGGAAGAGAGACAGGACUGUGUGAAUGGAGUGAACUGUACCAAACAGAAUGCAUCAUCCCGUCCCUGGAGCGAAGGAAGAGAAAUUAGGAAGCGUAACUGGAAACUGAUCAUCUGGGUGGACAGGCCUUUACCCCUCUGGGCACUGCAGGUGCUUGUGGCUUUCAUCAGUUUCUCAGAAACUAUGUUGCUAGUGUACCUCAGCUACAAGGGCAACGUUUGGGAACAAGUACUACGUGUCCCCUUCAUUCUGGAGAUGAUCAGCGCCGUUCCCUUCAUGAUCACUGUGAUUUUGCCCUCCCUGAGAAAUCUGUUCAUCCCCGUUUUUCUCAAUUGCUGGCUGGCCAAACACGCCUUGGAAAACAUGAUCAAUGAUCUCCACAGGGCAAUCCAGCGGACCCACUCAGCCAUGUUUAACCAGGUGGUGAUACUCAUCAGCACGUUGGUCUGCCUCAUGUUCACUUGCAUCUGCGGCAUCCAGCACCUGGAGCGAGCAGGCAACAACCUGACCCUGUUCGACUCGCUCUAUUUUUGCGUGGUCACCUUCUCCACGGUGGGCUUCGGAGAUGUCACCCCUCAGAUCUGGCCCUCGCAGCUCUUGGUGGUCAUCAUGAUCUUCGUGGCGCUCAUUGUGCUUCCCAUCCAGUUUGAGCAGUUGGCCUUUCUGUGGAUGGAGCGGCAGAAGUCGGGGGGGAACUACAGCCGCUACCGGGCACAGACGGAGAAACACGUGGUGCUUUGUGUCAGCUGCCUCAAGAUCGACCUCCUCAUGGACUUUCUCAAUGAGUUCUUCGCUCACCCCCGACUACAGGACUACUAUGUGGUGAUCCUGUGCCCAGCAGAGAUGGAUGUCCAGGUGAGGAGGGUUCUUCAUGUCCCUCUGUGGGCCCAGAGAGUCAUCUACCUGCAGGGCUCAGCCCUCAAAGACCAAGACCUGAUGAGAGCCAAGAUGGACGAUGCUGAGGCCUGCUUUAUCCUCUCUAACCGGUUUGAAGUGGACCGCUUCGCUGCUGAUCAUCAGACCAUUCUGAGAGCCUGGGCAGUGAAAGACUUUGCCCCAAAUUGCCCUCUGUACGUCCAGAUUCUCAAGCCAGAGAACAAGUUCCACGUCAAAUUUGCAGACCAUGUGGUGUGUGAGGAAGAGUUUAAGUAUGCCAUGCUCGCUCUAAACUGUGUGUGCCCUGCUACCUCCACCCUCAUCACCCUAUUGAUCCACUCCUCGAGAGGACAGGAGGGUGGCGCAUGUUCAGCGGACCAAUGGCAGCGCACGUACAGGCGCUGCUCAGCCAAUGAGGUGCAUCACAUCCGCCUGGAGGAGAGCAAAUUCUUUGGGGAGUACCAGGGAAAGAGUUUCACCUUUGCCUCUUUUCAUGCUCAUAAAAAGUAUGGAGUGUGUCUGAUUGGCGUGCGCAGACUGGACACCACCAAUAUCCUGCUGAACCCGGGUCCCUGCCACAUCAUGGGAGCCUCGGACACAUGCUUCUACAUCAAUAUCUCCAAAGAGGAGAACUCAGCAUUUGUCCGGGGCCAGAGGGAGCCAUCGCGGGGCGGCCCAGGAGGAAAUGCCAGAGGAGUGCACCAAACCAUUUACCAUGGACUGACCCGCCUGCCAGUCCACAGCAUCAUCGCCAGCAUGGGCACGGUGGCCAUAGACCUCUCCAGGACCGAGGUGGGCGGCACCAACACCUUGGCUCUGCCCACCAUGGGAGACUCAGCCGAGGAAAGGCGGCAUAGCAUCGCCCCGGUCCUGGAGCUGGUGGACGGGGUCAACAAUCCCACCUUCGACCUGUUGGGAGACCAGUCAGAGGAUGAGGGAGGAGAGGAGGGCAAGGAGGACAGUGGUGUCCUCAGAUGGGUGAAGGGAUAUCCGCUGAACUCCCCAUACAUCGGUAGCUCCCCCGCACUUUGCCACCUGCUGCAGGAAAAAAUGCCUUUUUGUUGCCUGCGCAUGGACAAGGCCUGUCACCACAUCCCUUUUGAGGAUGCACGCUCCUACGGCUUCAAGAACAAAUUGAUCAUCGUGUCAGCGGAGAGUGCAGGGAACGGCUUGUACAACUUCAUUGUGCCACUACGGGCCUACUACCGACCCAGGAAGGAGCUCAACCCCAUCGUGCUGCUGCUGGAGAGCAUACCUGAGGCAGACUUCCUGGAGGCAAUCUGUUGGUUCCCCAUGGUGUUCUACACAGUCGGCUCCAUCGACAAUCUGGACAGUUUGCUGCGGUGUGGGGUGACCUUCGCUGACACCAUGGUGGUGGUGGACAAGGAGAGCUCCAUGAUUGCCGAGGAAGACUACAUGGCCGAUGCCAAAACCAUCGUCAACGUCCAGACCCUCUACAGACUGUUUCCCGCUCUCAGCAUCAUCACGGAGCUGACCCAUCCAGCCAACAUGCGCUUCAUGCAGUUCAAAGUCAAGGACCACUACUCUCUGGCUUUGUCCAAGCUGGAGAAGAAGGAGAGGGAGAAGGGCUCCAACCUUGUCUUCAUGUUCCGCCUGCCCUUUGCUGCGGGGAAGGUGUUCAGUGUCAGCAUGCUGGACACUCUCCUCUACCAGUCGUUUGUGAAAGACUACAUGAUCUCCAUCACCAGACUGUUGCUGGGUCUCGACUCCAUGCCUGGCUCGGGCUUCCUCUGUGCCAUGAAAAUAACAGAGGACGACCUGUGGAUCCGUACCUACGGCAGACUGUACCAGAAGUUGUGCUCCUCCACCGGCGACAUCCCCAUAGGCAUCUACCGCACGGAGGCCCACAAGCUUCCAGUCUCUGAGCCGCAUCUGUGUGUUGUUCAGUCCCAGGUGUCCAUCACGGUGGAGGAUUAUGAGGACACCCGAGAACCCAGAGAGCCCCUGUUGUCCCGGACUGGCCCCCACCGCAACUCCACGUCCUCAGAGCCCAUCUCCUCCUCCUCUACCUCCCACUCCACGGACCACCCGCUCCUCAGGAGGAAGAGCAUGCAGUGGGCGCGCCGGCUGAGCAGGAAGGGGGGACGGGGCCCCAGCACGACCAAGGGGGGGCCGGGCAGCGCAGCCGAGAGGAUCAGCCAGCAGAGACUGACCCUGUUCAGGCGCUCGGAGAGACAGGAGCUCAACGCGCUGGUGCGAACCCGUAUGAAACAUUUGGGCCUCUCUCCCUCCGGCUUCAAUGGGAUGACAGACCAAGGAAACAGACUGUCUUACAUCCUCAUCAACCCCUCUCCAGACACCAGACUGGAGCUGCAUGAUGUUGUGUACCUGAUCAGACCAGACCCCCUCUCCCUGGUGCCCAAUCAAGGGAGCAGCAGGAAGUGCAGCACCGGGCGCACAGAGAGCCACAGGUUUGAUACGCAGGACAGCACCCAUCUGUGAGAGGACAAAGACAAAUAUAUCAACAGUGCCAGACAGGGGAGAAGCAACAACAACAACAACACACUCAUGGGAGAGAGAGAGAGCAAGAGAGA